AUGGCUGCCAACAAAGUUAUCAUGGUCGCAGAGAAGCCUAGCAUAGCUCUUUCUAUAGCCUCCGUUCUCUCCCAUGGUCAACAUUUGUCAUCUGUAAACAAUAUCCUUCUUUAUAUUCCUGGUCUCUGGUCCAUUGCUAUAUGGAUGCAACUCCUCAGUAGGUUAUGGGUAGGUUCAGGUGACAAGCUUAGUGUAGAUUUUCCUGAAAAAUAUCAAAAUUGGACAACCACUGAUCCUCUUGAUCUUUUUCAAGCCCCAAUUCAAAAGACAGAAGCAAAUCCAAAGGCUCAUAUUCGCAGGCAUCUAAGCCAAGAAGCUCGUGGUUAUGGUAACUUGGUUUUAUGGUUGGAUUGUGAUCGUGAAGGGGAAAAUAUUUGUUUUGAAGUUAUGGAUUGUAUUGGCCAUUCAAAUGAGACUAGAAGAAGGAUUUAUCGUGCUCGGUUUUCCUCUGUUACUGAGAAAGACAUUUUAAAGGCCAUGGACAACCUUGUUGAGCCUAAUAAAGAUGAGGCAUUGUCAGUAGAUGCCCGGCAAGAGAUAGAUUUGAAAGUUGGAGUUGCAUUUACACGGUUUCAAACAAGCUUUUUCAGGGGAAAUACGGAAAUCUUGAUUCCAGAGUUAUCUCGUUGCUACGGGCCAUGUCAGACUCCCACCCUUGGUUUUUGUGUACAACGCUAUCUGCAGAUAAAUACAUUCAAACCGGAAAAGUUUUGGGCUGUACGCCCUUACAUAAUGCAAAAGGGCUACGAACUUCAGCUAGAAUGGGAACGUAACAAGUUGUUUGACUACGAUGUUGCUGUAAUGUUUCAAAAGUUGGUAAUGGAAGAUGGAAUUCUAGAAGUGACUGAGAUAGUAGAAAAGCAAGAAAGCAAAAGUCGUCCUUCUGGUCUUAAUACAGUCAAUCUUCUGAAGGUUGCUUCAAGUGCACUAGGCUUUGGACCACAAAUGGCCAUGCAAGUUGCUGAACGCUUGUAUACUCAAGGUUUCAUCAGCUAUCCGCGUACCGAGAGCACAGCUUAUCCUUCUUCUUUUGACUUUAGAGGCACACUUGGUGCGCAAGUAAAUAACCCAACAUGGGGUAGUUAUGUUCAGAAGCUGCUUGCUGAUGGUUAUCAGAAGCCACGAUCCGGGACAGAUGUGGGUGACCAUCCUCCUGUUACUCCAUUGAGGUCUGCAACUGAGGACAUGCUAGGAAAUGAUGCUUGGAGACUAUACGAGUACAUUUGUACACACUUCAUAGGGACUGUAUCUCCUGACUGCAAAUAUGUAAGAACAAGGGUAGAAUUUUCAAUCGGUGGAGAAUUCUUCCAUUGUGUAGGGCAUCGUGUUUUGGUGAAAGGAUUUACUUCUAUCAUGCCAUGGUUGGCAGUAACUGAGAAAAAUCUUCCUCAGUUUACAAAAGGGGAGAAAAUAGAAGUUUCACAAGUGGACCUUCAUGAGGGGAUGACAUCACCUCCAGACUUUCUAAGCGAGAGUGAGCUAAUUUCCCUUAUGGAGAAAAAUGGAAUUGGCACAGAUGCGUCAAUAUCUGUUCAUAUUAACAACAUAUGUGAGCGCAAUUAUGUGCAGGUACUAGCUGGCAGGAAGCUGGGUCCAACUGCCUUAGGUAUUACUCUAAUAAGAGGCUAUCAAUGCAUCGAUCCAGAUCUCUGUUUGCCAGAUAUUCGCAGUUUCAUCGAGCAGCAAAUUACUCUUGUUGCUAAGGGGCAAGCAGAUCAUUUUCGUGUUGUGCAGCAUGUCCUACAACAAUUCAGGCAAAAAUACAGUUACUUUGUCAAGCAGAUUGAAAACAUGGAUGCAUUAUUUGAAGCACAAUUCUCUCCCCUUGCUGACUCAGGACGAGUUCUCAGUAAAUGUGGCAAAUGUCUACGGUACAUGAAGCACAUUUCCAGCCAACCUUCACGUUUGUAUUGUAAUACAUGCGAGGAGGUUUAUUAUCUUCCUCAAAAGGGUAGCAUUAAGCUCUACAAGGAACUUACUUGUCCUCUUGACAACUUUGAGCUACUAAUCUUCUCCAUGCCUGGCCCGGAUGGCAAGUCAUUUCCUCUCUGCCCAUACUGCUACAAUAGUCCUCCUUUUGAAGGUAUCGACACGCUCUUUGGUGCUGUAAAAUCUGGUCCAUCAAGCCAGCUGGGAAAGGGAGCUGGGAUGCCAUGCUUCCUAUGCCCACACCCCACAUGUCGACAUUCUUUGAUUGCCCAAGGAGUCUGUGCUUGCCCUGAAUGUAGUGGAACACUUGUUCUAGACCCUGUGAGUGCUCCCAAAUGGCGGCUCUGUUGCAAUAUGUGCAAUUUCCUUGUCUUGCUCCCCGAAGGAGCUCACCAGAUUUCCACUACUCGAGAGCGGUGCCCUGAGUGUGACUCCACAAUCUUAGAAGUGGACUUCAAUAAAAAGACAACACCCUUGGAGAAUGGAGAGACGUUGUAUACCGGUUGCAUUCUUUGUGAUGAAUUGCUCCAUUCCCUAGUGGAGAUGAAAUAUGGCAAAUCAUUUUUCAAGCGCAUGGGUGGAAGAGGAAGGGGUAGAGGAUCAAGGAGAGGUGGAUAUAGGGGAAGAGGGCGGGGUACCGGGAAGAAGGUGGAUCCUAAAAUGAGCUUCCGUGAUUUCUGA